CCGUAAGCGCGGAAGAAGAAGCCUUCGGUUUCAACAAUAACAAAAUAACACGGAUACAGCUUAACAUUGUUAAAGCUGAGAGGUUGAAAUACAUUUGUACAUUUAAUUCGGCUUUACAGUAAUGGACGGACCUAUCAGAACGACGUCAGACGCCGCGUCGGCCCCACCUUAUUCGAGAGGGAAUGAAAGCUCCUUGGUUUCAGCCCUGAAGACGUUACUGUUUUUCACAAUCUUGAUGGUCACGCUGCCCAUCGGGUUAUACUUUACAACAAAGGCUUACGUGUUUGAGGGUUCCAUGAAGAUGUCAAGCUCCGACAGCUACUUCUAUGCAGCCAUCGUUGCUGUGCUUGCAGUGCAUGUCGUGUUGGCGUUGUUUGUUUAUGUAGCCUGGAAUGAAGGCACACCUAAAGGAAAGGGCAAACAUGAAUAGGCAUCCUUAUCAGCUAUUUAUAUCAGAGGGGGAUGUACACACACGGGAAUAGAACCAC